AAAUGAGAUAAUAAAGAGAGGAGGUUUCUCAUUCUCUCUCUCACUCUCUUCUUAUUCCUUCUGUCUCCGGCCAAAUAUUCUCUCAUCUUUCUCUCUCCAUAAACCUGCAACUAAACAAUGGAGGAUCCCCUGAAAGUUCAACAAUCGUCUGUAUCUUCUGCGAAAUCGAAGCUUAGGUAUCCGCUGCGUUCUGCUUCGAAAUUAAAGGAUCAAACUAACAAAUCCCCUGAAAUUGCUAAUAAUUUGCCUUCUGCUUCUUCUUCCAAGAGAGGGAGGACUGCCAGUGUGAGUAGAAGUGUGAGUGUUCUUGAGCUUUCUGGCAAGGAGAAGGAGAAAUCUGCCAAGCCGCCAAGAAGGCUGUCGAUUCCUUCAAAGUCAUCUGUAAGCCCUCGGCAAAAAACUGCUAACAACAUUACUCCAAUUUCAGGAGCUAGGUCAAAACGACUGGCUUUUGGUCAGGAAAGAUGUGAGACGCCGUUGUCUGAUGUUUCUAGAUCAUCAACGCGUAGGAAGUUCAAUAUCCUGUCUUCAGCAUCAUACUGGCUAUCACAGAUUAAGCUCUCAGAGUCUGCUGCUAAUCACUCGAUUUCACUCGGCUUCUUCAACCUUGCCCUUGAGGCAGGAUGUGAGCCUAUGCAGAGACUGCGUGAGGAGCUAAAAUCCUAUGUGCAGAAACACAACCUUGUUGAACUUGGAGAGACUGUCAGAACCUUAUUUGAGAGCUACAAAAUCUCAGAAACCCCAGAACAAUUGCAAGAAUCUGUGACCUGCUCUCAUGUACCAGAAGAUGCUACUAAUCUCUCCGGUGAGGAUGCUCAGAGUAACUCUUCUACAGCAGCAACCAAAAAGCUCAAACCAAAACCUCUAAACACUGAUGUUCAAGCUUCUUCAGCAAAAGCUUCUUCCAAGAAGGAAAAUGUACAGCGGAUUACUCCAGGAACCAAAACGCGAGCAUCUGUUAACCGUGAACUUGUAAAGCCAAAACUAGUCACUGAAAGUGGAGGCAAUAACAUAAAGAAGAAAGUUCAAAAACCAGUCAAGCAAGAGUCCAUCAAACAGGAUGAAAAUCCAGUCUCUGAAGAAGUCACGGCCAAAUCACUGGAUGUGGAAGAAAUACUCGAGGGAAACAAAGAAAACAUGGAUGCUCCGUUUAUGGGAGAGGUAAGUGUGACAGAAGAAAUAUAGGCGCAUACAGCAACAAGAAUGAAUGCUUAUUAUGGUCACUCGUAUAAGAUUACUGCCUUUGAUACUCUUUUAGUAAUAGGGUUUGUCUUCAUAGUUUUUAGUGGAGGGCUUUCCUGUGUGUAGAAAGGUUUAAACAACAAUCAGUUUGUGGUGCAAGAUGUUAUUUUCUUCCCCCAUUUAUUUUGAUUUUUUCUACAGGUGGGCGUGAAUCUUUGCAAAUUUGUGUUUGUCUCUUAUCAUAUAGUCAUUUGUUAAUAUAAUAAUAUAUUUCUACUUGUCAAA